UGAUUGGUUUCAUGAUCAUGUUGCACAAUUGGAGCAACAAGGAAAUGCAAACAUCACCGAUGAACUUAGACUACUUGCUCGUGGUCCAAUGGAUACAGCAAGGAGAUAUACUGGAUACAUUGUUAAUGGUUUUAGAUUUCACACCAAAGCUCGUGAAAGAUGGUUGAAAACUCAAAAUAGUGGGGUUGUUGUAACAUCUAAGAUGAUGAGUUAUGCAAGUUCAAGGGAUGCACGACCUAUUGAAGGAGAAAUUAACUAUUAUGGGGUUUUAACUGACAUCAUUCAACUAAACUACAGUGGUAGAUUCAAGGUUGUUUUAUUUAAAUGUGAUUGGAUCGAUCCAAAUAGAGCUAAGAAGGUCUUUUAUGUUCAAGAUGAAAAGAAUAAAGAUUGGCUUAUUGUCAAGCAUGCAAAACUUAGGGACAUAUAUGAUAUCGGUGGUGGAUCAUCCUUUGAUAGGGGUCAAGGGAGUGGAGAAGUACAAGAUGAUGACUCACAUGACACUACAAAAUGGGUUCGAAAUGAAGUUGAUGGAGUGGAGCUCACACAAGAAAUGAAAACGGCGCAUGAAGAAGAACAAGCUCUUUAUGAACAUAAUGAGGACCUUUUUUAGAUCUAUUUUAUGAUUUAAUUUCGUGUUAUAGAUGUUGAUUAUAGAACCAAGUUUGUUCAUUUUAUUUUGUUGAUGUGACUAUGUGGGUAUGAAGUUUAAUUUGUGUGUUUGAAUUUUAUUAUAUUUUGAUUAUCUUGGUUAAUGCAUGUCCUUUAAGAGCAUAUAAAGGUAAAUUACUUAUUUUCCUUUAACUAAGAUUUAUUUGAGGCAUUUUUUUAUGAGGAAAUUAAUUUAUCUGUUA